AGCUUUCUCUGCACCAAAACGUUCGCUACAUCUUCUCUUUAUAUACAUUUAAUUCUUCCUUGUAUUUUUAUUAAUUUUUGCAAUUAUAACCAAAAAAAAUGGCCUCAAAUUCAACGUGGACACACCAGCAAAACAAGUUGUUUGAGAAUGCAUUGGCCAUUUAUGACAGGGAAACACCAGACAGGUGGCGUAAUUUGGCCAAAGCAGUAGGUGGAAAAUCUGAGGAAGAAGUGAAAAGACACUAUGAAAAACUUGUUGAAGAUAUUAAACACAUUGAAUCUGGAAAUGUUGCUUUGCCUAAUUAUAAUAAGGCAAAUAAUGGUGGUCAUAGCAAUUAUAAAGGCUAUAAUUUCAUGGAUGAAGAACAAAGGCUGAAGUAUUUGAAGCUCCAAUAAAAGCAAGAAACAGUGAAGUACAUUAUAUUAUUCAGAAGGACCUAUUUUAUAUGAGCAGUGGAACUCCAAAUGCAGAAAACAAAUAAGAGAAGGAUAUAUUUUAUAUGAGCAGUGGAACUCCAAUAAAAGAUUAUUUUGGUUUUCAUUGUUGUGUUGGAUAAAUUUCCUUUAAUAGCAACUAUAUAUACAUUCCAAAUAUAAUUGUCCAUGUUGUGCUACUGUUAUAAUGGAUUCCAUGUUACAAAUUUGUUCCUCUUUA